UCUAAAGGAACCAACAGCGUGGGGCAAAGAGUCUUUUCCUACAAAGGACGCUUGAUAAAAAGACUGAAACGAAGCAGGAGAAUUAGGAAAAAAUGGAGUACACAGACCAUGAGUACACCAGCACCACGGUCGAAAUGCACACGCCCAUGGAGUUCACAUAUAAAAUGAGCCGAAAAGAAAUCGAAGACUUUGUAAAGCUGAGGGUUUCAAAUAAUUACCUCUUCUCUGGGAAGAGAAAUACUUCCAUGUGGGCAUGGAGGACCAUUCUGAAACAUAUGGGCUUGCACCGUAAGAUGACCCAUACUCAAGCUUCUAAAAAAUGGGAAAACAUGAAGAAGAGAUACAAGGAGUUAAAGAAUCCCCCAGAUGGGGUGGAAGUGUUUCCUGAUGCAUGGCCUUAUUUCUCCCUGAUGGACGAUGCAAUGGCAGGUCGAUUGGUGGCCAGUGCCCCUAUUCUCAAGGCCUUUCCCUACAGUAAAGACAAUGGGGAUUUCUUAAUCAAACCCAAAAAGAAGAAGAUACCUGCAAUGGUGAGGUCCUCUACUGUGGCUGCCAUGCCUGAGAUUGAUAUUUCACUUAACGGAAAUGAGGAUGGAGAGGGGUUGGAAGCGCAGGAGGGAAGCCAGGAUAUAGACUGCAUCUUACACGAGGUGGAGGACGAGGGGAGACCGAUGCACAAUGAGCAACAGGUGGCAGAAAGGGAAAAAGAGGUGAUGGAAAGGGAGCGGCUGGUGCUGCAGAGGGAGAGAGCAGUGCUGGACAGGGAGAUCGCGGUUCUGGACCGAGACCGAGCCGUGCUGGAGCGAGAGAAGGCGGCACUGGAGAGAGAAAAGGCAGUAAUGGAGAGGGAGAGGGCCAUGGUGGAGAGGGCCAGGGAUGCCGUGAGCAGGGAUCGGCUGGCUCUGGAGCAAAAGAGAGCAAAGCUUGGGAGACUUUGUGAAACAGAAGAAGGGAGUGAGGUGGAGGAGGUUACGGAAAACAGCAGCAGUGGCAGUGAGAAAGACUUGGAUGCUGUGGACAGGAAACAGCGGCUAAUUUUUUUGUUUGAAAAACUUAUUGACAAUUUUUGAGGAAAUCCUUGCAACCAUACCUCUCUUUCAUUCAUCCUCACUAAAUUAAAAACCCACAAUGAAGCUUCUCCUCUUAGUCAUCAAUAAAAACGUCGAGCCACUCCUAGUUUGGAGAGGUCUUCAAAAUGACUUUAUUCACUUGUGGUUAUUCCAUACAGAGCACACAAGACCAACCUGUUAGCAUUAUUCUU